AUCGGAACCAUCACUACACUGACCGAUCAGCUUCAACACAUCGAGCCACACUGGUACCAUUGUUCGACGCUCCUACGAAAAAUCACCAUGGAGACGUCGACUCGCCGGUGGAGAUUGAUCUCCUGCUGUGAUACCACAAACCUGCAACGCCUCGUUUUCGACGUUGCACAGAUUGAGGGCCCCAAACACUCGAAUAGCAUGAUAAUCUAUUUUCCCCGAGCCCACGCAGCGAUCUCGCAAAGGAUCAUACACCCUUAGGACCCGCGCCAUACCAACGGCACGAAUGACUCCAGAUAUCCCAACUCGAAACCCCCUCCGACGCACAAGAUAUGCAUGUCGAUGCCAGAAAUGUUCCCGCGUCCUCGAUACUUGCCAUUGUCGCUACGCUGGCCUCGGUCGCGCUAUUGAGCUUCUCGCUCAGAGCUUAUACUCGUGGAAGACUCCUACGCAGCCUCGGUACUGAUGAUUGGCUGCUUCUCGUUGCAACAUUGUGUGCCAUUGGAGUCAUUGUGUUGGUCGUCGUACUGAGUGUGGGAAAUCAAAAAUGGCCCGCUGCGGCAGAUGAUGACCGAACGACAUCGCUACUGCUGUGGGUAGUUAAUCUGCUUCAUACAUUAGGCAUUGGAUUCGUCAAGCUUUCGGUAGCACUCACCAUGCUGAGACUUGACACCCGUAGCUGGCACCGACACACCAUUUGGGUGUAUAUCUGCUUUGCGGCCUUCUUUACAGUCCUCUGGUUCGGUUCUGCACUAUUGUUUGCAGGCCCUAUCACUGUCGACUGGAGCUCGACCAGUGAGCCCGAAGCUGUAUGGAGACUCUUUGGCUUCGUCAAUAGCAUACUGGACUUGCUCACAAUCUUUCUGGUUGUCUUGCUUCCUCUGCCUCUACUCCGGGACCUGGAGCUCAAACUCUUACGCAAGAUAACUCUAGUUGUAGUCUACAUGUUUACCGUUACGGUUAUAGCUGCCGCAAGCGUGCGAACAUACUUCCUCCACACUCGCUGGCAGAACACGGGAACAGACGACCCUACACCACUGAUCCUAAUGUGCUCAUCCAUCGAGCUCACCUUGGGAUUAACAGCAGCCUCACUCCUCACACUGCCGACCUUCUUCUCCUCACUCAGCCACCAUAGGCCCAGCAAGACGAAUUCCACCUCUAUCGACUCCUCACCACCCCGCUACCCAUCCCACACCUACGCAUCGACCGAAACUGUCAUACAUCACCCAGAUGCUACCUCGUCGCGCUUUCACGACGACGAGUCAAACCUCGACUUCGACAUCGAGACGCCAAACCGCACACGCACACAUACCAUGCGGACGCGUGGCACCCACAGUCGCAAUGUGUCUGACUGGAGCCAGUUCUCUGGAUUCACAUACUACACAACUACAGCCAACUCUGGCCCGACCUCGCCGCGCCGAUCGCGGGUUGCUAGUAUGAACGAGAUGGAGAUGCGGACCAGAACGAUUGGAGUGGGCAGAGCGGCGGAUGAUGCGAACAUGAGUGCGAAUAUAGGGAUUGCUGUUACGACGCUGCACAACAAACCUGUGCGAGAUUCUGAAGCGGGCGAGGAUAUGGCAGAGUUGGCAGAGCUGGCCAGACUGUUCGCCGACAAAAGCAAGGAUUGGGGAACGGAGACGUGUCGCAGCAGGCGCACAAGUGUGACGGCGGAAGGGUAUCACACCAGUGAGCACAUGUCGAACAACACAGCCGCAAGAUAGGAGUUGCACGACCGCUUCUCGGACCUGCAUGCUUGAAAUGACAAUGCUCAUUUUGAUAGCUAUAUAGAAGCAGCCUACACUCAACGGAGCAG